AUGGCGAUAUUAUCUGCUCUGACGUUCCUUCUGGUGGUAUGCAUGACCAUCGGCAAUCAAGUGACCACUGUGAGUAACAACCUUGGGUUUGAUAUACUGCGAGCUCUGCCGACCUCGAAAGAAGGAAACAUCUUCUUUUCGCCGUACGGCGUUUCUAGCAUGGUAGGUAUGCUCUACGCUGGAUGCCAGGGAAAGAGCAACGAUAUACUCUUCCGCCAACUGAAAUUUCCCGCCUUCGUAAUGACUUUUUCGGACGUCUUGGGCGCGUUCGCCCAGCGUGCUAAAGAAACAGGGUUUGUGGAUGCCUUGUGGCCCAAUCUUCAAGUGGCGAACGCUGUGCUGAUCGACGAAAGCUUCAACGUCUCGUACAUUUACAAGAAAACGCUGACGCGUUCCUUCAGUGCGGCGCUCCUUAAGGUCAACUUUGAGAAAUCGGGACAGUUCCUGAUGAGGUACGUUAAUGCGUGGGUGCAACGCCACACGGACUACCAGAUUGAAGGGUUCGUCGACCACGAGUUCGAUCCAGAGACGAAGCUGGUGCUCCUGAACGCCGUCUACUUCAAGGGAGCUUGGAACGCACUCUUCUCUAAGAAAAACACCACGAAACGGCAGUUCCUUAAUGACGGUGUUACGGGUGCUCAGGUUGACACCAUGAGCAACACUUUCACCGUGAAUUAUGCAGCCUCAAAGGCUCUGAGCGCCGUCGUGGUGGAUUUGCCGUACCGAAGCAACAACCUUAGCAUGACCAUCCUGCUGCCUCGGGAAAACGACGGAGUGGAUCGGCUGAAGCAGAGCCUAACUGGUCAGCGCUUCAGGAACCUUGUCUCCGGCAUGCAUGCAAUAAGAGCCGCAGUUCACUUGCCCAAGUGA